AUGACUCGGCCAGAUAUAAGCUACACAGUGCAGAACCUGAGUCAAUUUAUGCAUAGACCAAAGAGAUCACACGUGGAAGGGGCUUUAAGGGUGGUGAAGUACUUGAAGAAUGCACUUGGUUUGGGCAUCUUGUUAUCUUCUAAGCCUUCCUCACAGCUCACAGUUUAUUGUAAUGCAGAUUGGGCCACUUGUCCCAUGACAAGAAGGUCAGUCAGUGGAUUCAUAGUCAAACUGGGAGACUCCUUAAUCUCUUGGAAAACAAAGAAGCAAAAUACAAUGUCAAGAAGUUCAGCAAAGGCAGAGUACAGAAGUAUGGCCAAUGCAAUUGCUGAGAUAUUUUGGCUCGUUGGACUGUGUAAGGAAUUGAAGGUGAAGUUGGAGUUGCCUGUUAAGCUAUAUUGUGAUAGCAAGGCAGCACCGCAAAUUGCUGCUAAUCCUAUCUAUCAUGAAUGA